AUGACUCUCUUUAUCCUCACAGAAACCUCGGCCGGUUAUGCGCUGCUCAAGUCCAAGGACAAGAAGCUCUUGAAGCGCACCGACCUCAAGCAGUUCCAAAAGUUCGACAGCGCCGCCGCUGCCCUCGAGGAGGCCGCCGCUCUCACCGAUGGCAAGGUCACUCCCAUGCUUGCCUCGCUGCUCGACACCCUGAAGGACGAGAAGAAGGUCCAGCUUGCCGUCGCCGACCCCAAGCUCGGUCAAUCCAUCAGCAAGCUGCCCAAGCUCGACAUUGAGUGCAUCGCCGACUCCUCCACCAACGACGUUUACCGUGCCAUCCGUGAGCACCUUCCUUCGCUCAUCCCCGGUCUUAUGCCCGAUGACAUCUCUACCAUGUCUCUCGGUCUGUCGCAUUCGCUCUCGCGCCACAAGCUCAAGUUCUCCCCCGACAAGGUCGACACCAUGAUCAUCCAGGCCAUUGCCCUGCUCGACGACCUGGACAAGGAGCUCAACACCUACGCUAUGCGUGUCAAGGAAUGGUACGGCUGGCACUUCCCCGAGAUGGCCAAGAUCAUCAACGACAACCUUGCUUUCGCUCGCGUCAUCCUUGCCAUGGGUGUCCGUACCAACGCUGCCACCACCGACCUUUCCGAUGUUCUUCCCGAGGAGAUCGAGGGCGCCGUCAAGGCCGCCGCCGAGGUUUCCAUGGGUACUGAGAUCACCGAGGAGGAUUUGGACAACAUCCAGGCUCUCGCCGAGCAGGUUGUUGGCUUUACCGAGUACAGACAGCAGCUCUCAUCUUACCUCACCGCCCGUAUGCAGGCCAUUGCCCCCAACCUUACCGCUCUCGUCGGUGAGCUUGUUGGUGCUCGCCUGAUCGCCCACUCUGGUUCGCUCCUCAACUUGGCCAAGUCCCCCGCCUCGACCAUCCAGAUUCUCGGUGCCGAGAAGGCCCUUUUCAGAGCUCUCAAGACCAAGCACGACACACCCAAGUACGGUCUUAUCUACCACGCUUCCUUGAUCGGCCAGGCGACUGGCAAGAACAAGGGUAAGAUUACUCGCAUGCUCGCUACCAAGGCCGCCCUUGGUCUGCGUGUUGACGCUCUUUCCGACUGGGGAACUUCUGGCGAGGGUGACAAGCCUGAGCCUACCGAGGAGGAGAAGAUGGCUGUUGGUGUUCAGGGCAGACUUUUGGUCGAGAGAAGAUUGAGAGGUCUCGAGGGCAAGCCCAUCCGCAGCACUGCUUCCGGUGUCGCACCCAGCGGUCAGGCUCAGCCUGCCAAGUGGGAAGUCAAGGAGGCUCGCAAGUACAACGCCGAUGCUGACGGUAUUUCCGCCAACGCCCCUGCCGCCAACGAGGACGCUGAGAUGGAGGAUGUCACCGAGGCUGGUGCCGAGGCUUCCAGCGACGAGGAAGAAGAGAUGACCAAGGAGCAGAAGAAGGCAGCAAAGGCAGCAAAGAAGGCCGCCAAGGAGGCAAAGAAGGCUGAAAAGGAGGCCAAGAAGGCCGCCGAAGCAGCUGGCAAAUCGUCCAAGAAGAGAAAGGCCGACGAGGACGAGGACAAGACGGAAAAGAAGAAGAAGAAGAAGAGCAAGGACUAG